UUGUUGCGAAAUGAGAUACAGUAGAAUUAUGUUAAACUGGUUAAAGUCGAAAUGGUGUUUGCCACAGCUCAGCUAUUUAUGAGUUUAAAUCGUUUUAUGGCUUAGCUUCAGAGCAUUUUAUAACUUAAGUUGUAUGAGUGACUUGAAAUGACGUUAAUUAAUAGUCUGCUAGGGUAUAGGCCUAGGAUUGCAUAACUGUGGCAAACUAGGGCAUCCCAUUGAUCUUAUGUAAAUUUCCUGAUACGGGCUCUAAAUGACAGAAUGCAGAAGAAUGUUUGAAUUUUCCUAGAAGCAGUUAAUUCCGGGAAGUCCGACUACUUCCAGGCGAAUUGGUUCUUUCGAAUAGUUCGUUUCGAACACCCGCUCAAAAAUGGAUUCGGCUUAUUUUACGUCAUGAUAUUAUUAUGCCCUGACAUCGCGAUGUAGAAUGUCAUUUGUAGCCACAUAUUUAACGUCUUGUUACAUUUUAAUUAUACAUUUAGUGACGUUUCAUGCAUAUUAAAUUGUAAUUUCAUGUGCCUCAGUUACUUUUACUAUAACUUAUCGGUUCCGCUCGAUUCAGACUUAUGACAGAGAUCGUUAUUCCUUUAGUGGGUUAGUUGUGAGUUGACUCGAUUAACGACUCUGAAUAUUCGUUCGGACUGGUUUGUGAACAAGUUCAGUCGAUUCAUUGAAUGAUCCGACACAAAAGAACGGUUUAUUCACCGUAAAUCAAGUCAGUAUUUUUCCAGUGAGUGCUGAAAUUUGGCUGGAGUCCCUUUGCUUUUGUCCCAUUCAUGCGUCAUCUGUCUCAAUGGUUAAAAUGGGGGCUUUGAGGGGGAAAAAGUGAGGGAAAGAGUAAUUGACACAUUGACUGUUGUGCACUUGUAGAUGGCAGUGGUUGUUUUCCAGGUAUGAAAGGUAUGAUAAGUCAAUCGAAUAUUUUCUGCUUUAUUUUUACACUUAUAGGCUCUAGUGAAUACUUUGUUUAUUCUUGCAAUAAGGUAGCAAUGAGAAUGUGUAGCAAGACUGGGACUGUUUGUAUUAUGACUGUGAUCUAAGGCAGGCAGGCUUGUUUAUUAAAAAAGAAAACAGUGUCUCGAUUUUUCAAGUUUUGACGUUCCUCUCAACAGAACAUGUAGUCCUGCUCAGCUUGUUAGAUCCGGAAAGAACUAGUUUUCAACCGUAUGUAACAUAGCAUCAGAUUUGGGGUCGUGAUGUGCUUGUGUACUCUUCACUCACAGCUGGCCCCUCAUAGACGUCACAGCUGACUCCUCUGGAACCCGCGGUACAUACGCCAGGCCACGCCUCCGCCAACCCGCACUUGCGUCAGACCACGCCUCCUCUCUAAGAACGCACUCCAAGUCACGCCCCUUAGCAGAACUUGAUCUCUAGCCUCCUCCCCCAGGCUUUUAAAUAGUUGGAACAGUAGUGUAGGAGUUCAGAAGCGCUUUGUGUCGUUUUGGUUACGGGCCCGGAGUGGAAAACUACUGCAAUGACAAUCCAAACGGAGACGGGCGUCUCAGCUUCAGACUGGACCUACUCUAAAACAAGAGGACUAGUAGCUAAUCUCAGUGCCUUUAUGAAACAGAGAAAGAUGGGACUGAAUGACUUCAUCCAGAAGCUUUCCACACACUCUUAUGCAUGCAAGCAUCCUGAGGUCCAGUCCAUCUUGAACUUGACACCUCCACAAGAUGCUGAGCUGAUGAACAGCAACCCUUCCCCACCGCCAAGUCCUUCUCAGCAGAUAAACCUCGGCCCUUCGUCCAAUCCCACCGCCAAACCAUUAGACUUCGACUUCCUCAAAGUCAUCGGAAAAGGCAGUUUUGGAAAGGUUCUUCUGGCCCACCACCGGAGUGAUGAGAAGUUCUAUGCAGUCAAGGUGCUGCAAAAGAAAGCCAUCCUGAAGAAAAAAGAGGAGAAACACAUCAUGUCUGAGCGCAACGUGUUACUGAAGAAUGUCAAGCAUCCUUUCUUGGUGGGCCUGCAUUACUCCUUUCAGACUGCUGAUAAACUCUACUUUGUACUGGACUACAUCAAUGGUGGAGAGCUGUUCUAUCAUUUGCAGCGAGAGCGAUGCUUUCUGGAGCCACGUGCGCGGUUCUAUGCAGCCGAGAUCGCGAGCGCCUUGGGGUACCUGCAUUCGCUAAACAUUGUGUACCGAGACUUGAAGCCCGAGAACAUUCUUUUGGAUUCUCAAGGACACAUCAUCCUGACCGACUUCGGCCUGUGCAAAGAAAACAUAGAACCCAAUGGAACGACAUCCACGUUCUGUGGAACACCAGAGUAUUUGGCACCUGAAGUGAUACACAAACAGCCGUAUGACCGGACGGUGGACUGGUGGUGUUUGGGUGCAGUGCUGUAUGAAAUGUUAUAUGGCCUGCCUCCGUUCUACAGCCGUAACACAGCGGAAAUGUACGAUAACAUUCUGAACAAGCCACUGCAGCUCAAACCCAACAUAUCUAACUCUGCCAGACACCUGCUGGAGGGCCUGCUGCAAAAAGACAGAACUAAGAGACUGGGCUUCACUGAUGACUUUACUGAGAUCAAGAACCACAUGUUCUUCUCUCCUAUAAACUGGGAUGAUCUUAAUGCCAAGAAGCUCACGCCCCCCUUCAACCCCAACGUGACGGGGCCUAAUGACUUGCGGCACUUCGACCCAGAGUUCACAGAUGAGCCGGUGCCGAAUUCAAUCGGCUGCUCCCCGGACAGCGCUUUAGUCACAGCCAGCAUCACUGAGGCGGCCGAGGCUUUCCUAGGCUUCUCUUACGCCCCUGCCGUGGAUUCCUACCUGUAGCCCAUCAACGCAGAAAUGCCAUUCUGUAGACUCUUCUCCUGUAGCUCAUUACCAUGGAAAUGCUGUCCCAUGGAAUCACACCUGUAGUGCAUCACUAUGAGAAAAGAAACCUGUCUCAUUUCCCUGCCUCCAGAUAGGGGGCAUUUGCACAUGGCGUACGGCAGCUCAAAAGGCCUUUGUUUAAAGGCCUGAGUUUUACAAAUUAAAAAAAGACUUGUCAUCUUCAUCGACUGCAUCCAAAUGCGCGAUUUCUCCUCCGCUUUCACCCCGGGUUGGGUCUGACAGACAGAUGGGGAAAAAAAGAGAGAGAGAGAAGAUUGGUGGUGAUGAACGAUUGUUGUGUACCUUUCUUUUCUAGAGAUUUACUUCCAGCUUAUUUACUUUAAUAGGAUUGUUGAUGCUAGACUUCAUUGCUUUGGAUGGAUUGGAUGUGUGCGUGUGUGUAUGUGCCUUCGUUUUAACACCCCUUUACACAUGUUUGUUUAAUCUAAAUCGUGAUCUGGCACGACAGUCCGUGUCUGUUAUAAGUCAACAUGACGCUAAAACCACUAAAAUAUAUCAGCAUCUGAUGUUAAUGUGAUCGUUCAGUUGCACAUCUGGGAUUAAGUUGCACAUUUAUCUUACUAAUUUAAAGGGAGCUUUCUUUUUUGUGUGUUUCUUGUUCUUUUGACUCAAGCGGAAGGUGCUAAAGGGAUGUGCUGCUAAUGUGUGUAGAUACACACUUGGACCAAGGAAUCAGACGUUUCUGUUUUACCUUAGUCUUCCAGCCUCCUAGGAUGUACAGAAAUAGUACAGCUCAGAAAUGGUAUGAACACAUUCCAUGAAAUAAGACUGUAUGGUUAUUUAAGUUUGUUUGUAUAUUUUAAGGUCUAUGUAUUAGUUUUAAUGUAUUUGGAACAAAAACUUAUGAUUACAUGUAACUAUAAAUGUACUGUAAAGUUGUAAAAUGUUUGAAUUAUGUUACCUUGUUCGGUUCGCAAUAAAACUUUACGGUUAUUUUUCCCCAAAACAA